AUGAAAGUCCUCUUCCUCUUCUUCUUCUCUCCACCUUUCAUCCUCUUUUGGUUUUCGGCCCGUUUUCUCGAUGAUGGGCCUUCACAGCUUAACGGACACGCGUUUCCCGAAGAGAAGGCCCGGCCUCAAGGUCGCAGGAAGAGAGCCAGUCUCAAGCCUCUAGGGCCAUACACAUGGAUACAGUAUGUACCUGGUGAGCCCAUUCCUAGGAGCCGACCCAAUGAAGGGAGUGUGCAGGCCGGAACCGAAGGAAGCGUGCCAAACAGAGGGUUGCCUUUAAUUGGAAGUUGGUUGAUGAAUGUGCUUAUAUAUAUUUGGGAGGAUGUGGGGCCUUUAAUGAGCUGGAGCCUCUAUCAGAGGGGCUUUCAAAGAAGUUAAACUUUGGCUUCUACUGUAUAAGCUUUCCAUUUGGUGUUUUAUGCCCAAAUGUGCUUUACAUGUCGCUUAUUUAUUUAUUGUGAAGUUUGGAUAGUUCAAAUAUGCUAUGCCAUUACGCUUGCUGGAUAUAAUAAACUUGCUACUCCUAUUUACUCC